CGAGCGACUCCUUCCUGGAACCUUUUCAUCCACAAAAUAAUGUUAAAGUUUUACUUUAAAGUAUUUGCACGCCUACCUACAGAGUAAGGUUUGAGUGGAAAGCGGGAUGGCGGGCAACUUCUCUGAAUGUGAGAGGUUUCAGAUCGGCCUGCUCCCCACCCUGUAUGGGGUUGAGUUUGCUGUGGCCUUGGCAGGAAACCUGUUUGCCCUCCGGCUGCUGCUGGUCAGAGAAAGGCGAAACUGGCACACCGGCGUUGUCCUCUCCUGCAACCUGGCCGUCAGCGACCUGUUGUACAUCCUCACCCUGCCUCUGCUGAUCGUCUACUACGCUCUGGAGAAACAGUGGCUGUUCGGCGAGGCCGUGUGUAAAAUCGAGAGGUUUCUUUUCAACCUCAACUUGUACGUCAGCAUCUUCUUCAUCAUGGCAAUAAGCGUGAACCGCUGUGUGGGCAUCAUGUGGCCCUUCUUCGCCCGCUCCCACGUGGAACCGUCCCAUGUCAAAGUCAUCAGCGUCGUCAUAUGGCUUGUUGUUGGAGUCAUCUCCUGCCCCGUGCUCAAGUUUGCUUCUCUUUGCACACCCAGUUACAAUAACAACACUUUAUGUGUGUCCUACUGUCACCAGACGUCCGACGCGAGGUCUCACUUUACAUACAAAGUAUUCCUUGCUGUGUUUGGCUGUCUUGUUCCUUUCAUAGUAACUUUUACUUCUUACUGUGUGGUAAUCCGGGUUGUGUGGAAAAAUGUCAACAUAACAACACUUGAAAAGCGCAAAGUGGCGUUGUUGGUCAUAUCAGCGAUUGUCCUAUAUGCUGUUUCCUUUGUGCCCUAUCAUGUCUACCAAGUCCAUCAUCUGUAUUUGAGGAUGUAUCUCGCGGACACGAACUGCUGGGUCUACCGCAUGUACCAAGUGUCCAAGGGUCUGGCGACACUGAACAUGUGUAUCCAUCCGAUACUCUACAUGGCUCUGUUUGACAGUAUAAGGGUGGCAUGCUGUGGAAAGAGCUCAGAAGACAACAUGGUUGGAUGAGGAAGUAGAGCUGCUGCUGGGUGCCCUUUUGCAUGAAGUACAUCCUUGUUUCAGGCUAAACAUAACUUUGCUGCACGUAUCUUUGAAAGGACUCCUAUGUGUUACAGCUCUGUACUAAAGACAUUUGAUCAGACCUGUUUGUA